AUGUUCGCGUGGUCUUCCUCGACGAGGCAGAAUUCGCGGCAGAAAGAAAAGCAGUACUGGAACAUUGUUUCUCGGUCAAAGAACAAGGGUACAGCAAGGAGACCGGACCAGCAAGCCACGGCUCGAUCUAGACUCACUGCGCAGUACCCGAAAUUAAAGGUGGAGGACUUUGAUCGCACGUCGGAUGAAUUGGAAAGGGAGCUCUCGCGUCUCGACGUCGAAUGUGGCAUUGACAAACAUAUUAGAGAUGAUGAGUUGAGUUUUUUCUGCCAUACGGCUGAUGAAUUCGCGGAGAAAGCUCAAAAAUACGGGGCAAGCGCGGAGUUGGAGAAUGAGGACGCGGUAGUCCUUUGGCCAAUAACCAAGGAGAUGCAUGUGCAAGUCAACAGCAGUAUCUUGAAGCAAGGGUUUGUGGUUGUUGACAUUCCCGGAACAAUGGACACAGAGGUAGCGAGAGCCGAUGUUGCCAAGGGUUGGAUGCGCAGGCGUACCUCACCAGUGAAUGUGGCAAGCUGUGAUAGAGCGGUUGAUAGUCCUGACGUAUGGAAUCGUGUUGGGGACAUUAUUUGGGAUAACCAAAUGACCGGCAACAACUCCAGGUUCACGGUAGUUCUUACCCAAAUCGACAAGGGUCUUAAAAUGGAGGCCGAGAGACAUGUUGCAGGCAAUCAGACCUACGCGUCCUUGAGUUCCGAUCUCGCCAUCGUAGAGACAGAGCUAGCCCAGCUAUAUGAGCAAGAAAAGAUCCAGGAAGCAAAGUCUCAACGAAUUCAACGCGCAUGCCAAGCUUACUCAGAACUCCUAAUUAUUGCGAUAGAGGGUCCCGUCAAGGAGCCAUCCUGGUGGUCGCAAAUCCAAAACCAGGGAUGGGCGGAUGGUUCACCUGUUAUAUUCGAUACGAACACCAUCGAGGACAUAGACCAAAAUAAUCGACUUGACAGCAGGGUUGUCGCGGAUAAGAUGAAGCAACUCUCUGCCUCAUUGAAGGAGAUAUUAGUCCUAUCUGAGUCUUCAGAUCUAGUGAAAAAGGAGAUUCAACGACUGAAAUGA